AUCUCGUCUCCCCGCCCCGCACGUUGCCCACUCGCCCACGUCUCCCGCGCGCGCUCCCCUCUCCUCGGGUGGGUCAAACGCCUCCGCCUCUGCCUCCGGGCCCAAUUCGAAUCCCCCACCUCUCGGGCGCCCGGCGGCUCGACUUCGGCUUCCCAUGUCCGCCGGCGCCGCGGACCGCGGCGCCCAAUCCCCGGAGAGGCGAGAGCGGCGGCGGCGAUCGGAGGCGGUCACGUGGCUGCGCGCGCUGCUCGCGGGCUCGGGGCUGCCGCUCCCCCCGCCGCGCGCCUCGGACGACGAGCUCAGGGCCGCGCUCGCCGAUGGCGCGCUGCUCUGCGCGGCGCUCCGCGGGCUCGGUUCUACGCCCGACGAGGGAGGUGCCUCCGCGGCGGCGGCGGGGGGCGAUGUCGGGAGGUUCGUCGCAGCUGUGGAGCGGAUGGGCCUUCCCAGUUUCGCCGCCUCGGACCUCGACAGGGGCCCAAUGUCGGCUGUGAUCGUCUGUCUUCUUGCACUAAGGGAUCGGUUUGGCUCCCAUGUUGGGGAAGGCUUGCAUUGUAGCCUUGAAGAAAAGGAUAGGAUGCACAGCAUGGAGUUUCCCAUAAAGGAGAAUGGUCAUGGUACACAAAACUCUGAAUUUGGAGAAGAGAGGAAACAAAUGAAAGUGAACCUACAAAAGGUCCCCAAAAGUCCGGCUACGUCAGAACCAUCAUCUCCAAUAUCACGGUCUGAACUAUCUUCGAUAACAAGACAUUCUGGACACAAUUUUCAUGAAGUCUUCCAUCUGAGACAAGGAGUUUAUUCUGAUAUGCCUACUUCUAAAAUUUUGGAGAUGAUGAAAUCCACCAGCUUGGAUAAUGCCCCUACCCAGUCACUUUUGAGUUUUGUGAAUGGCAUCCUUGACGAGAUCGUUGAGAAGAAGAACGAAGAAAUUCCUUAUCAUAUCGCUUGCUUGCUGAGAAAGGUCAUAGUGGAGAUUGAACGGCGCAUUUCUACUCAGGCGGAACACAUAAGAAAUCAAAAUAACCUUAUGAGAGCACGUGAAGAGAAAUAUAAAUCAAGGAUAAGAGUGCUAGAGGCACUAGCAAGCGGGACAAAUGGACAAACACAAGUAAACUCAAGUGCAACAAACGGAAAAGCACAUGUUGCUGCAGAUCAUGUGCUCCAGUUGAAGAUGGAGAAAGGAAAAAUUGAAGAAAGACAAUUAGUCGUCAAAGAUAUGUCAAGCUUGAUGAAGGACAAGGAAGACGUAACUAGAUUGAUAAAGGAUAAGGAAGAUAUGGCUAGACUGUUGAAAGACAAGGAAGACAUAAUUAGAUUGAUGAAAGAGAAGGAAGAAAUGGUUAUGCUGAUGAAGGAGAAGGAAGAUAAGGUUAGCUUGAAGACAGGCAAGGUUGAUGACAGAAAUCAAUCAGCAGAGGAACAUGUAGCUAUAUCAGUUACGUAUAACGAUGAAAUCAUUAGGAUGAUGAAGGAAAAAGAAGGCAGUAACCAUACAAUUAUGAAACUAAAGCUCGAAUUAGAAGCUGUGAAAUCGUCGUAUGAAGAGAGCCAAAGCCUGUUAGAAUCUACCAAGGAAGACGUGCUUAAGCUCCUAAAGGACAAGGAGAACAGUGACAAUAUAAUAUCAAAACUCAGGCAAGAGCUUGCAGUAGCAAGAAGAGCUCAUAAGACACAUAUUCAAGAACUGGAGAGUAGAGCUUUGCAGGCAAAUGAAGCGUUCGAACAUAGAAUAAAAGAAGUAGAGCUCUUGCUCAAAGGUUCUAGAAAGAGAGGAAGAGAUCUUGAGGAAUUGUUAAAAUCAAGAAUCGAAACUUGGGAGCUGAAGGAAAUCAUGGUGAACCAAUUUGUAGGUCUGCAAAUACAGAAUAUCCAGGAUUUGAGGUUGUCUUCUGUUUCCAUUAGGCAUGAAAUCCAAAACUGCCAGAAAAGAUGGUCUGAAGAACUUAGUGGCCUUGGACAAAAUCUUAAUGUGCUGAUAAAUGAUGCUGAAAAUUAUCAUGCCGCUCUUGAAGAAAAUAGAAGAUUGUUCAAUGAGAUUCAGGAGCUAAAAGGAAAUAUAAGAGUCUAUUGCCGGAUAAGACCUUUUCUUCCUGGGGAGGAUCAGAAAUCUACUACGAUUGAAUAUGUUGGUGAUAAUGGUGAACUGAUUAUAGGGAACCCCACACGACAGGGAAAGGAAGGGAGCAAGUCGUUCAAAUUCAACAAGGUUCUUGGGCCCACUGCUUCUCAAGAUGAGGUGUUCAAGGAUAUACAACCACUAAUCAGAUCAGUUCUUGAUGGCUAUAAUGUUUGCAUUUUUGCAUAUGGUCAAACUGGAUCGGGGAAAACAUACACAAUGACUGGACCUGAAAAUGCAACCGAGAAGGAACAGGGUGUCAAUUACAGAGCUCUGAAUGACCUGUUCCAUAUCUCACACAAUCGUGGUGACACAAUCAUGUAUGAAAUUAGCGUUCAAAUGAUUGAGAUAUACAACGAACAAAUCCGUGAUCUCCUUUGCAGCAAUGGUUCAGAGAAGAAGCUGGGGAUUUUGAAUACCAGCCAACCCAACGGGCUUGCUGUUCCUGAUGCAACGUUGCAUCCUGUUAAAUCAACGACCGAUGUUAUCGAGUUAAUGAGAACAGGACUUGCAAACAGAGCAGUGGGUUCAACUGCAUUGAACGAAAGAAGCAGCAGAUCUCACAGUGUUGUCACUAUACACAUUCGAGGUGUAGAUCUGAAAACUGGAGCUACUUUGCGUGGCGCACUACAUCUUGUUGAUCUUGCUGGGAGUGAGAGGGUGGACCGUUCUGCUGCUACAGGCGAUAGACUCAAAGAAGCACAACACAUCAACAAAUCUUUGUCUGCUCUGGGAGAUGUCAUAUUUUCUCUAUCACAGAAAAAUGCUCAUGUACCGUACCGGAACAGCAAACUUACGCAAGUCCUGCAAAGUUCUUUGGGCGACCAUGCAAAAACCUUGAUGUUUGUGCAGAUGAACCCAGAUGUUUCAUCGUAUUUAGAGACUAUAAGUACUUUAAAGUUUGCUGAAAGGGUUUCCGGAGUGGAACUAGGUGCUGCAAAGGCCAAUAAAGAGGGCAACGAUAUCAGAGAAUUUAUGGAACAGCUCUCACUGCUCAAACAUAAAAUUGCAAAGAAAGAUGAGGAAAUCAACAGAUUAAAAUUACUCAAGACACAAACUCCAAGGGCCAGGACAAUAAAACGUGCCGAUUCCCCAUUAAAACAUUCAUCCUCCUCUCCAGGCAUAGCUUCUUUAGGAAGCAAAAUCCAACAUCGAAGAACGGCAUCUGGUGGAAAGGUAACGAGCAUUGGCAGUAGGGCUGGCUCUGAUGCUGAUAACUUCUCUGACAUCAGUGACAGGCACUCUGAAUCUGGUUCUAUGCAGUCUGUUGAUGAUAUCCGACCGCAGAGGGGCAUUAUGGGACCUCCCAUGCUCUCUGUAGGUGAGAUGGGUCAAAAUUCUGCUAACCCUGAGCUAGCUUCCUUUGGCUAUGCUAAUUCAGAGGAGAGGUUAAGCGAUAUAUCAGACAGUGGUCUUUCCAUGGGUACAGAGACCGAUGGUUCAAUAAGCAGUGUGGUUGAGUUGACGCUCUUCCCAGAGCAGGAAAAAACAUCUAGCACUCUGAAAGAGCAAGAGAAGGCACCAAGAACUCCAAACGAUCGAUUGUCUAAGGUGGCCACUCGAGUUCAGAAGACAACACCGAAAACAGCUCAAACUUCUAGCUUGUGGCCUAAACUAAGAGAUCCUCCAGCUCCUAGAUCUCCAACUAUUAUUUUGCAGUGUCAGCAGGAAGAGUCGCUACAACACAAGCAAUAUCUGCACCAAGAACGUCCAGUACUACGAAGCGAUGGACAUAGCUCAAGUUUGAUCAAUUUGCUCCAGCACUAGUUUUAUGUUUUUGUACAGCACUCUGCAUUUCAUGCCACUUGAUGAACUUUAUACAUCAGUUGGAUUCGUUCGAUAAAAAAAAUAGUUGGAUAGUUUUUUUAAGAAAGAGAUAGAUUCUCUUUUCUAUCCGGUGAGGAUGUAAUUUUUCUUGUACAUAUGUAUUGUUACGGUACUACAAAAAUUUGUUGAUUUGUUAAAACAAGCAAUAAAUAUUUGUUAAUUGUUGAAUAGAA